CAAGUGCUUUUCAGGCUGAACAAUGGAGAGACUGUCAGUGACCAUGGUUGUGUGGUUGCUUGCUGCAUCACAAUGCCAGGCUGGAGGAAUUGACAAUCUGAACCAGGAGGCGAACAAUGAAAUCCAUGCAAACAACCGGGUAGAGACGGAUUCUCUCCAGAUUUUAAACCAAGGGCUAGAAGCACCAGUCAUAUUGACCACAAACUCAACAGAAACGCUGCCAAGCUGUGAGCGACCCAUCUACACGGUGCUGAAGGAGCUGGGGGCUCUGGAAGAAAAGCUUGCGGCUACUGUGCGAACCCUGGAGGAAACAAACAAAAAGCUGGAGGCCAGCGAGAAGAAGCUGUCUGCUCUCGACAGCAGGGUGACUGAACUAAGUACAGUGGAUCAAGGAAGGCCUCGGGUUGCAUUUUCAGCUGCACUUCCAGUAGAUGGCACCAUUGGUCCUUUGAAUGUCCUUUACACUCUGGUGUACAAACGUGUUCUUUCAAACAUUGGAGAACGUUACAGCCCAGUCUCAGGUCAGUAUUCAAUGUCCUACAAUUUCACUCUUUCAACUUACAAUCACACCACCUAUGGAAGAAUUGCAGGUUUGAUACACAAACUUUUGUUUUUUUCUUCUCUCUCUUUCUCUACAGGUUAUUUUACAGCAACGGUGCAAGGAGUGUAUUAUUUCACCUUCACUUCCUUCUGUUGGGCUGGUAAUGAAGACUGUGGUAGCAGUUUGUUCCUAAACGAAAACCAAGUAGUGUCAUGGUAUGGUUCAGAUGAUCAUAACCCCCAAUCCGGCUCUAACAGUGCUGUUUUGCAGCUGCAAGUUGGAGACAACGUGAGUGUUCGUGUCUGGCACAAUAGGAGGAUAAGUGAUAAUGUCAAUAAGUACUGCUCCUUCAGUGGAUUUUGGCUUUUCCCUUUGUAAAAUAAAAUAAUUGAUCAGUCGGUUUUUGAUCAGAUCAAACGAUCAUAAGGUUAAAAAAAAGGCUGUGACUUUAGCUUCAAACACUUGACGUUGUUUGUUAGUUAAAAAUGAGAAUACAAUAGUUUUUUCUGUGUUGGAACACAAUGGAAUUGAUAAGACUUGCAUUUGUAUAAUUUCAUGAAUUAAAAAAAAAAGCUUUUUAACUGUUUGAAUAUUUGUUUUGAAAGAUAUGUCAUGUUAAAAUGGUUAUAUUCUGUACUCGUUCAUGAUUUCUAAAUGACACGAUUGCCAAUAUGUCUCGAUACCUUUGAAUCAUAAUGUACAACAUAAAUCAUUAUAUCAUAUUUUUUUAUUUUCAUUGUUGAGGAUGGUGCACUGCCUCUCAAAUGUACAAUUAAAGUGCAUUUAUUGGAAAAACAUUGAAAAUAAAUCAAUUUUUUCUUGUUACAAAUGUAAUGUAUAUUAAUGGCACUGUUAAUGAACACACAGAUGCUCCUUCAUUUUGCUCAUGUAUUCACUUCAAGGAAAGGAAAGAAAAUACAUUUAUAAUGCCAUCUUUAAAAAACUUCAUUGUGCAAUCAAAGAAAAUAUGAUUAAAAAAAAAUGCAGUGACCUUGACUGGCUGCUUGUUUUAUGUAUAGACAGAGUCUGAUUCUUACAUAUAUUGUUUGAAUAGGUGUCUGAUAUACAGUAAAUAUAAUAUGCAUAAUGUUGAACCGGUUACCUUAACUAAAUACAUAAUGUUUAAAGGCAAUUUAAAAAGGAAACAAAACCAAAAUAAAUACUUCUAAAAUGCUGUAUUAAACGUUAAAAUGAAAUAAAUGAAAGUAUAAUAACCCUUAAAAUAACAAUCUUUGCAUGAUUGAAGUUAUUGCAUACCAAAAAAUUGAAGUAGAAUCACACUAGCAUCACAUUUUACUGUAUGGCACAUACAGUGUUCAGCUUUGGAAGAUAUUCGGUUUAAUUAAAGGAUCUCCAAAAUGAAAGUAUAAUUUCAAGUGUUAAAGCUUUGUCCUUCAAUACAAUGCUGUUGAAUACACAUGGAGGAUGUGUUAAAUGGCAUCUCUUCUAUUUGUCACAACAUCUGAUUGUUUUACGGUUAUUUAAAAGUGCUUCUGAGAUACAUCUCUAUUCCAAAUCAGCUCAC